UCCAAUUUAACCGCACAACAACAUUGCAGAAGCGGAAUUUUUAAUUGUAGUUUUCACCGUAAAAUUAGCAAACGCUGUGACUGAUGUGAUUAAGACAGGUGUUACUGUUAAGAAUAGGAGUUGACAGCAGCCCGAGGAGGCAACCGCCAACAGAAAUGAGGCUGACAUGCAGCUUGGAAAUAGGGAACCGGAUUCUACCUUCACUUAAUGUGGCAGGCAAAAGAACAAGUGCUAGAACGCAAAUUUCAAUAGGUCGCAAUCCUGGCUCGGACUCGAAAGAUGGAACACUGUUCUUAAUGAUCUGCACUGCACAAAAUCGUGUCGGGACGAAAUACAAGUUAAAGGCAAACAUCGAUCAGGUGUUCACGAAGUUUGUCAAUGAAGGCAAGAUGACAAUUCGUGUCAAAGAACCUCCACAUGAUCUCAUAAUCAGUAAAGCAGAUGUUAUUCAGUUAAAGGGAUUUCUUCAGGCAAUGAAAUUGGGUUUACAAAACAAAGACAUCGGGGUAAUGAAGAUGUCCACACUGCGACCCGUAUCAACUGCACAGAUGGAGGCACCGAAGACUCGCAUGGCGAUCACGUCGCGUAAAGAUUACCCUGUGACGAGCAGCUUCCCUGCGUCGCUGCAGCGGCUGACGAUAACCGGGUGCGGGCUGCGCAGGGUAGAUGGCCGCAUCGAGGGCCUGCGGCAUCUCAGGGUGCUGGACCUCUCGCGAAACCAGAUCUGGAAACUUCCGGAAGCUCUCGGCAGGCUCUGCCACCUGGUGGAGCUGCACCUCUAUGACAACUGCUUGGAGUCGCUGCCAGCCUCUGUCUGCACUGACCUCAGCAGCUCUCUGGUGUUGCUGGAUCUUGGACAGAAUCCGCUGAAGGAGUUACCCGCACAGUUCUGCCAGCUCACAUCUCUCGUCACGCUGAAACUAAACAACAACCAACUCACGGCUCUACCGAAGCAUAUAGCAAGCCUUUCACGUCUCAGGUAUCUGUCUGCGGCAUGCAAUCAGCUGACGUCUGUUCCCUGCGGUCUCCUUCGUCUGAGGUUGGAGUCGGUAGAUCUGUAUGGGAAUCCGUUCGUGCCGGCUACGCCGACAGUCGUCGCCGCGGCGAAAGUCACAGGAGAGGCGCCGACGCUGCUCGAGUGUGCCGCGAGAACGGUGAAGAAAUACAGAAUGUCGUACACUGAAGAGGAUAUUCCCGCGUCACUGGUCGCCUACUUAGACUCUGCAGAGCAAUGCUUGUGUGGCAGAGCUUGUUUUGAGGCGAGCAUCAAGCGUUCGAUGGCGGUGGAUCUACGGACGAUAGCCGUCAUGGCUGUGUCACUGAGUAACAACGGAAAUAUGCGUCUGCCCGUCGACGCUAUCUUCUGUUCGCACGACUGCCUCAGAAACUUUAGCGGUAGCGUACCUGGAACCAUUGCUUAUUUUAGGUGAUGUUCAGAGUUGAGAGACACAGCCAGUGAGUGUUGCUUGUAUCAUGCUUCUUACCACGUAAGGCCUCUGACAAUUAGUCGAUUUCGAAUGUGGUUUUGAUAAUUAUUUAUUUUAUAUGAAUUGUAUAUAUUUUAUUAAUGUUUAAUAAUAGGAGAUUAAAAUGGGGGAUUUUACCAUUCUUAA